CGCCAGAGCCGCCCCGCCCCGUUCUUGACCAAACAUGACAGACUCUGAACAUGCAGGGCACGACAGAGAAGAUGGUGAAUUAGAAGACGGUGAAAUAGAUGAUGCAGGAUUUGAGGAAACACAAGAACAGGAAGCAAAAGAGGAUGAAAAGCAGAAAAAUGAGAAAGCCUACAGAAAAUCAAGGAAAAAACACAAGAAAGAAAGAGAGAAGAAAAAAUCCAAAAGGAGAAAACGUGAGAAACAUAAGCACAAUUCUCCAUCUAGUGAUGACAGUUCUGACUACAGCCUGGGUUCUGAUGUUGAACAUACAGAGAGUUACCACAAAAAAAGAAGUGGUUUCUACAGGGAUUAUGACAUUCCAUUUUCUCAGCAUGGACAUGUAUCAGGAAGUUAUAUGACAUCAAAGAAGAGUCAACAUAACAAAAAAUUUAAGAGUAAAGAAUAUGAUGAGUAUAGUACCUACAGUGAUGACAACUUUGGUAACUACAGUGAUGAUAACUUUGGCAACUAUAGUCAGGAAACAGAGGAAGAUUUUGCUAAUCAGCUUAAGCAAUACAGACAACCUAAAGAUACUUCUAAUACUGCUUUUGGAUCAUCAUAUUCUAAGGAACAAAGCAAAAAACAAAGAAUGAAAGGAGUUCAUCAAGGUAUUGAACAGAGGGCUAAAAAUUUUAAUACUGGCCGUGGACGUGGUUUGCCGAAGAAAAUCAAACGCAAAGACCGAGGGGGAAGAACCAGUAAAGGGCCUAAUGUUUUUUCAGGAACGGAUGACUUUCAAGAGUAUAGUAAACCAGGGAAAAAAUGGAAAGUUAUGACUCAGGAAUUUAUUAAUCAGCACACAGUGGAACACAAAGGAAAACAAAUCUGUAAAUACUUUCUGGAAGGGAGAUGUAUAAAGGGAGAUCAAUGUAAAUUUGAUCAUGAUGCAGAGUUGGAAAAGAAAAAAGAGAUCUGCAAAUUUUAUCUUCAAGGGUAUUGUACUAAAGGAGAGAAUUGCAUUUAUAUGCAUAAUGAAUUUCCAUGCAAGUUUUAUCAUACUGGAGCAAAAUGUUACCAAGGAGACAAGUGUAAAUUUUCACAUGAUGAUCUAACUAAAGAAACAAAGAAACUUUUGGAUAAAGUGUUGAAUGCUGAUGAAGAAGCAAAUGAAGAUGAGAGAGAGUUAGAAGAACUUAGGAAACGUGGCAUAACUCCUCUUCCCAAACCACCUCCUGGAGUCGGACUUCUGCCGACCCCACCAGAGCACUUUCCCUUUUCUGAGCCUGAAGAUGACUUUCGGACAGAUCUCUCUGAUGAUUUCAAGAAAAUUCCAUCUCUCUUUGAGAUAGUUGUCAAACCUACUGUAGAUUUAGCACAUAAGAUUGGGAAAAAGCCACCAGCAUUUUAUGAGAGUGCCACACCACCAGGACCACAAUUUCAGGAAAGCAGCCCACAUAAUCAGCAUAUCUAUAGUUCUGAGUCAAGUCCAGGUCCUGGACCUAAUAUGUCUCAGGGACCCAAUAGUUCUGUGAUUCACCCAGGCUCCCCUGGACAUCAUCCAUGUGCAGGACCACCUGGCUUGUCAAUGCCUCAGAGCCCACCUUUGCCACCUGCUCCAUCUGGAAUUGUAGGCCCUCAUGGUCAAUCUGGAGUACUUGUUCAACCAGAUAUACCUUUGCCACCAACUAUGAGUGACGCUUACCAUUUUUCAGGCUUUCCAGAACACCUGAUGAAAGUAUCUAGGGACAAUCACUCCUCUCCUGGUUUUGCACACCUGCAGAGUCCAGAUGAAAUGCAUCUUAACACCGAUUAUGAGUCUCUACAAAACACAGCUGAAUUUUACGAUAAUUAUUAUUCGCAGCAUGCUGUACAUAAUUUCCAGUCACCCAAUAACUCUAGUGAUGGAAUGUGGCAUGGUGAAUUUACCCAGCAUCAAUCUCCCAUUGCUCAAGAGGCACCUAACCAUGGUAGUGGUUCUGAUGGCGGCAACAGUAUGACAGACCAUGGCUCCUUGCCUGCACCAGGUCUCCUUCCUGCAGUGCAGAGAGCUCUUUUUGUUAGACUAACCCAGAAAUACCAAGAAGGUGAAGAACCAAGCAGCACUCAAACUCUGAGAGGACAAAGCAAGGAAGAAGAUGAUACUGUUAAUUGGUAUUCAAGUAGUGAAGAGGAAGAAGGAAGCAGUGUCAAGUCAAUACUGAAAACAUUACAGAAACAAACAGAAACUUUAAGGAAUCAGAAGCAAACUUCCACAGAACUCAGCACUCCUACAGAUCCAAGACUUGCUAAAGACAAAAAUAAAGGAAACCAAGUUGUUGACCCUAGACUUAGGACUAUCCCAAGGCACGAUAUUAGAAAAUCUGAAUCUACCCCUCUGGAUCUUAGACUUGCUUGGGAUCCCAGGAAAUUAAGAGGGAAUGGCAGUAGUCAUGUGGGCUCUUCUGUUAGUGGAGCCAAGUUUGAUAUACAUAAUGUAAAUGCUGACUGUAAUGUCAAACACAAAAGAGAUGAUGAUGAUGAAGAUACAGAGAGAGAACUGAGAGAAAAAGCUUUUAUAAUUCCUUUGGACUCUUCCCCUGGUGUAGUGCUACAGGAUCCAAGGUCACAACUGAGACAAUUCAGUCACAUUAAAAUGGAUAUUAUCCUAACCAAACCCAACUUUGCAAAACACAUUGUGUGGGCUCCAGAAGACUUACUUCCUGUCCCUUUACCUAAACCUGACCCAGUAUCUUCAAUCAAUUUACCUCUGCCCCCUCUUAUAGCUGACCAGAGACUCAGUAGGUUAUGGAACACAAAAAGUGAUCUUCAUCAAAACACCAUUCCCACUGAUUCUAAAUUAGCUGCUAAAGCCAAAAUUAACACAACAAACAGAGAAGGAUACUUAGAACAAUUUGGAAAUGGGCAUAGUUCAGGAAGUAAAUUAGGAGAUCCUAGGCUACAGAAAACCUUUGAUCCUAGACUUCAUAGACUUCACAAUACAGAGUCUCAUCAAACAGCUAUGAAAGAGUCAUAUAUAUCAAAGGGUGCCCCACAUUUGGCCAGAUCAAAUUCUGCUUCUUCACAGCCCUCUGGGACAGUAGCUAGUAAUUCUGGUCCCAGGGCUUUACCUCCAUAUGCUCCUAAACUCUCAUCAUCAGUUCCACUGGGAACUACAAGUUCAGUUCUUAGCGGUAUUAGCCUGUAUGAUCCUAGAGAGCCUGGUUCAUCAUCAACUUCAGAGCUAACAGCAGAAAAUGGGGACAGCCAGAAAAAAGGUGGUGGCUUAAAAAAUGGUGACAAAACUGAACCUUCUGGAGAAGCAAUUCUACAGAAAACAACUCCAAAUGUGGAAAUCACUGAUGAUGGGGCAGCUAAUCCACAGGCUGAUGGUCUCAAGGGCUCCAGCACAGUUCAAGUUCCAGCAGUGCACAGUCUUCCUAUUCAGGCACUAACAGGUUUAAUUAGACCCCAGUACAGUGAUCCAAGGCAGGGAAGACAGCCAGGACAGGCAAGCCCUACCACAGAGAAUGAUCCCAGUAGAGAAACAGAUGACAAAUCUCUAAAAGAGGUUUUUAAAACUUUUGAUCCAACUGCUUCACCAUUUUGUUAGCUGUUGUCUAUUUAAGCAAUUCUUUUCAUUCUCGUGUCUAUGACAGUCCUCUGCUGUUUUGUAACUGGUUUACCUCUAUAGUUUAUUUAUUUUUAAAUUAUAAACACUUUUCAGCUGCUAGUAUCAGAACCACAUGAAGUUAUAUCCUCUAAAGCCUGUGGUAUUUUAUAUAAUAUUUUUAUAAUUUUAAGAGACUGUAGUAAUUGACAUAGAAACCUAUAUAUCAUGUUAGCUUCAGUAAAAAUACUUUUAUUGUAAAUAAAACAUUAUGAACUCAACAUUCUGCUUGAAAAUAUGCCGGUUUCUUUCAUAAUCAAUGUUUAGAUAAAUAAUCACUUUUAUAAUGGUUGUUAGUUUCAAGCAAUAUGAUGUACAUUACUUUUGAGAAGCAGUAUUUUGACUAGGGUUCUCUAUUUGUCAAACAGAACUGAUUAAUACAUAAUGCUCACUGCUAACUAAAAUGUAAAAUGAAAUAGAAAACGUUUUCUUAACCACAAUUAGCAGAGCAGUUCGUGUUUAAGGCAAUCACUUAUAUUAGUAUUGGCAAUAUUAUUUGUGUAUACCGAGCAUUUGAAUGUCUGAGUAUUUUAUUGUAUACUGUAUCAUUGAAGUUGGAAACAAUAGAUUGUUUGCUAAAGUGAAAAAUUCCCAUUCUGACAUAAAUUUUAACUUAAUUUUUCAUAUAGUUAUGAAUUAUUGCCAGUUAC